GGUGAAUCUGACCAGGUGAGUCAUGGAAGCGCACACCUGCCACUUAUUAGCUGUGUGACGACGCUAGCACGAUCCUCGCUGUAGGAAAAACACGCGUUCGUUUGCUGGAAUUACAAAGGAAAUGAAGUCCUUACACUAUUCGUUCGUCUUUUUCAUACUGGUGCAUCACACCAUAUCGUUAGGAAGCUGCGACGAUAUUUCUUUCUCACUGUGCUGGAUGAGCAAAGACAACGCCAUUGAAAGGCAAAAUGGAAACAUAUGGCUCAACGUCACAGCCUUAGUAUCCAUCAGGAAGUUGGGCAAGGUUACAACCCUGACAGUGUCACCUGGCAUAGAAAACAAGCUGAGACUCCAGUAUGGGGGCUCGGUUCAGUCGUGGACUUUUACAAUCAGCCCACGUACAAAGCUCACCAAAAUCCGAGGCCAGCAGAAACCUGUAAAACUUCCAACAAAUACCACAAAGGCCUUCUUGGACCUGCUGACUCCCACUGAGGUGUUUGCAUGUGAAAAUGGAACAAUAUUCUUCCACCAGGAUGACAACUUCUUCCUUGCAUUAGGACACUCUACACGUCUCCCUGUCAAACUAGAAUCCAGACGUCCCACCACGUUGCUGGUCUCCUGGGUGCCGAAUCUCCCAGAUGUCUUCUCCACUCACUCUGUGACCCUGUAUCACGUUGAACUGGACUCCUACAACACACACAGCACGGACACUACCAGCCACAGCCACUACCGCUUCUCUGCUCUGGAGUCCUGCAGCCCCUAUGUGGCCUGUGUGGAGAUUGCAGACACUCAGUCCUUCACCUGCAUCGCUACCAUUACUGACCCAGACAUUCCUAAGGACUUUGAUGUCAUAUCAUGGAACACUAGCAGCAUAUCAUUGGCAUGGGACUGUCCUCUGAACCGCAAGUACUCCCUCUUCCUCCUCACCACCUUCUUCCUCAAUGGUACAGACCACGUCAUAAAGGAGGUCGCUUUGUGGCAAAAGCAGGAGAACUUUGUUUUCAGCCUGUCUGACCUGCAGCCCUGCACCAGGGUGAAGUUUGGCCUGCAGACGGUUUGUCAGGCAGGGAUGGAGUCCCGCUACAGCAAGAUGGUCAUGAAUGAAGGGAACUCGGUUCACUCCACCAUCAAGGCCUUGCGUCAGACAUCGUUUGGGCCUCACAACUACACCCUGAGCUGGGAGGUGAAGAACAUCUCGUCCAUCUCCAUGUUCAGAGUUUACAACGACGAGGUGCUGCAGAACACUACGCUCGUCACCGAAUACACUGUUGGGGGUCUGCAACCAUGUACCAGCUACCAGGCCAAAGUGGAGGCACUGUGUGGGGACGGUGUGCUCAUGAGCGCCAAGACAGUCACGGCACAAACGGAACCUGGUGGUGUGUCUGAUCUCAGGUACCGCUCCAAUGACUCCACCGCCCUGUGGACACCCAGCAUCUCACAGCAGGUGGCUGUAGCUUUCAUAUAUGUGCUGUCCAUGGAGACUGGCGCCCCCGUCCAGAGCAGCCGUGUGUACACCCCAGAGCUGCACCUCGGGGGGCUGGAGAACGGGGAGACUUACCUCCUUGACGUGUGGGAAGAAUGUGACGGACAGUGGGAGUCUGCACCUUCUAAUCUGUGGUUUACAGCAGCCAAUUCCUCCUCAGAGCUCCAUCCAAGGGCGGCUGAACACGCUGAGGACCAUGAAAUACUGUUGGAUUUUGACAUGGGUCUUACAAUAGUCGUGCCCUGGUCACUGCCUGAGGAUCUACAAGACGAUGAAUCAGAAGCUAGAGCUAAAAUGGUGCAGAUCUACAUAAACAAGCUGCAGGAGUUGUUGGAAGGUUUUGAUCAGCCCGUCCGCAUCGACUCAGUCAACUUUGAACCAGCAAACGAGCCGGACAAAACAGAGGUUCUGUUUAUGUCUUUUGAUGCCUCCAAAGGCAAAGAAGACGUGCCCCUGUCUGUUAAAGAUCAGCUGGAUUACAUUAGCUCCCUGAAUACCACUGACUUCACUGUUAAAGAUGGGGUCAUUUACUGGGAUGGUCCAGACCUGUGUGCGUCCGACCCAACUCUGUGUCCCCGUAAUUCUCUGUGUAUCAACACUCUGGGCUCCUAUUCUUGUGUGUGCCAGGACGGUUUCUAUGACACGAGUCCUUUCACCCAGCGUCCUGUGGCUUCACAUCCAGUGUGCAAAGAGAGUGGCCUUUUCAGCCAGUGUCUGGAUAAACUGAUGACUGGUACGAUAGCUAAGUCCUACCUGACUUCUCGCAUCGGGGGCGAGGUUGAGCUGAAGCUGAACGACGGCCGGUGCGUCGUAAAUGAGACCGAGUUCCUGUACUACUUCAGCACAUCACGAAAAUCAUCUGAGUGUGGAACAGAGAGGCAGGUCAACGACACCCACAUAAAGUACCAAAACACUCUAACCGUCACCUUGACCAAAGAACACACCAUCAGCCGGCGGGACCUUAAAGUUGUCUGGAAGUGCAUCUACCCACGCCAUUACGUCCGCAACGCUCAAGUCCGUGUGGAUAUGGAGUGGCUCUCCUCCGUCUCCUUGGUGGAGUUCAACUCAUCACUGCAGCUGGGUCUGACCAUGACCUUGUUUGAGGACGAGUCUUACACCAACAGCUACAGGGACUCCAUAGAAAUGGGCCUCGAGGACACCCUGUUCUUCCAGGUGGACUUGCAGACCAACGGCUCUUUUGCCUCAGACGUUGUGCUGCAAGUGGAGUCAUGCUGGUCCACAGAGAGCUCCGAUCCUCAGGAUACAGUCCAGGGGGUUCUUCUUCAGCACAGCUGUCCUGUUGACAAAACAUUCCAGUGGCUCCCUGUUAGCGGCCUGGCACAGAGAAGCAGAUUUUCCAUUCAGAUGUUCACCAUGCCCAAGGGGUUAUCUCUCUACUUUCACUGCCUCGUCAACAUAUGUGGACAUGAUGAAGAUUGCACAAAAAACUGUACAAGCCAGGAACGCACCAGGAGGUCAGUCAGUAAACUGGAUAGAGGAAGAAAACGAGCAGGUGUUGUGUCCGCUGGUCCUCUUGUGGUCAACACAAGGAAGUCAGUCAAACCGUCAAACUGGACAGAGCACAUGACGGUGAUCUCCAUCGUGGCUGGAUCAGUAGGCUUGUUGGGAGUAACAAUGCUGUCUGUGAGUGCAACCAAAGCUAUCAUGGCAUACUAUGAACAGCUACGGCAGAAAUAAAGCAUUUGGAAUUCCA